UCAAAUCUAAGUACGUCUACUCCUGGUUCGUUGCAUACUGCGCUGCCUCCAUGCCUGGAAGUCAACAUCAAGGUAUGCACAUGCACCGCACUACUUCAGUUGUUCGACACGUUCGGUGAUGCUCAAGCAAAGGAGUGCAGCAUUGUCUGCAUACUCACAGCAAUCCCAGAUGAGACCCUACGUUCCAAGCAUACGCAUAGGACGCCAUCACAUGGCCUGCAUCACCGUUCGAGCUGAUCCUCGUCCAGCAGGAGCUCAGAAGAGAAGGGGGCGCACCAGACAGUGGGUGGAUACAUAUCGUUAUGAUCGUCGUCGUCGUCUCAGUUGGUCUAAGCGCUAGCGACGAUUUCCUGUGCUGCCUGAUUGCUUCCGAAUCCGCAUGAGACAUGAUCCACUUCACGGCGUAUAUACUCAGCCAACUCUCUCCCCUGUCAGGUCUCAUCGAAACUUCAUAGUUACGGCCGAAACUGCAGGCUCGCAAAAUGAAAGCAUCUCGCCAAAUCCCGACCUGCAUCAGAACGCCGCCUUCAAAUCCGCGAGAGCUCGUCAAAAAGUGGCCGAAUGUCUACAAAGUCUUCUUUAUAUCAAGCUGUAUCCAGGCGAAGUUAUCGUUCAGUGCACUCUGUUGGCGCUCAACCACAUCCAACACGGGUUUCCCGGAUAGCACGUAUUGUUUAGGACUCGGUUGUCAAGCGGAGCUCGCCGCAUCAUGAUACAUAGAUCCGUACUCUCGCCACGCUGACGCAUAAACCAUAGGGCUCUAUUAAAAGGCGAUCUCGCGCCCUUACGAGUCGCCAUUGCCUUGCGUACCCGGCUUCACGCCGCGUACAUCCAGCGCCUGUGCUGCACUCAACGAGCACUCGAGCGUAUGCGACAGGACUGGUCUCAGACAAUGUGUCAGCUGGAGGCGCAGC